AACUUUUACGAAGAUAAUGCCACAUUAGUAAAAUGGAUGGUCUACUUACGGCCGUUAAGACGGUCAAGCACAGCCAGCAGCCCAUUUUGUCGGCCGCUGCCGAGGGAACAUAUUCAGGCACCACAUCUAACGGCUCUGAGAACCGGUCCAAAGCCGAUCUCCCCGGGGACCCAACAUCCUCAGAACAUAUCCUGGCCAUCUUGAAGGCAAAACCCGAUGAGCACGAAAUUGCUCAGGUUCUAGCCAUACUAGAUCCAUCAAAUAAAACAGCAACUCCGAAUGGAUUUGAUAUCCGGGUCCCGCGCCCAGUAACAGCGCAAAUUCUCAAUGCUCUGGUUAGCAUUACAAUCCCGGAUCAUUGGGAGGCUCUUGGGCCACAAACCCAGAGUUCAAAGUCUGGUAAUUCGAAGCUACGAGCUGCUCUUCUGAGAUGUCUCAGCAGCGUUGCGGGUAUCAGUUGCUUGGUGACCCAGCUCCGUUCUCUCAUAGCUGCGUCCCGUUCAUCGGCUGAGCAGGCGAAAUCAUCCGGUCAUAAGAUACAGAUUAGGGAUACACUUGCGGUCAUUUCCGCCCUGCUGGAGCCGAGCGACUUUGCGUUUCGCCUUUACGCUGACAUGGAUAAUCUGUACAGCAAUGCGACACAGAAGCAAGUGGCUUGGAGGGAGUUGCUCUCGGUGCUUGCUGCCAGUAAAGUAUUGUCUACAGCGGCAGAAGCGCUUACUCUGAUCUCUGAGCUUGACGGGAUUUCUACAAUCUCUUGGAUCGGGGAAGGCUCGAAAUACGCUACCUGGCUAGGUUCAAAUAUCUGCUAUAUGGCAUCGAAGACUGCUCUCAGUGAUGAAGAGGCUUGGAAAUCCGUGGCUCUUUUGACUGGGAGGUCGCUAAGCUUGGGUUAUACAGAUCAGGUUGUCAAAGAGAUCUAUACCGGACUUCUUGUUCAGCGACCACUUUCCGAACAGUACAGCUCGCUUUUUGACCAUCUCCGGCCAACGGAGCAACUAGCAUUGCUCGAGGCUGUCUUUCGGGAUCUUGAGAAAAGGCAGUUUUCAGGUGAGAUACCUGGUGACAGUGCCAGCAACACCUCGGGACAAGUGGUCAGUAGCGUAGCAGCUCUCUGCUCAAUGGCCGUGUCAAAACGGUCACAUCUGCAAAGUCAGAUAAUAGAUUGGCUGUCAAAAGGCCAAGGCGGUUCGAUCCAUUCGCUUGGGUUGCGCCGUGCUCUAGUGGCUACAUUAGCACAGGAAGAAGACUCUAUAAAUACUCUUCUUAGUAAGAGUCUAGAUCAAUCAGGCGACAAGUUCUACAUUCAGCACGCUCCCAUUAGGUGUCAAGAAGCCAAUGCCCAAGUUGUUCUUCUCGCUGCAGGCUACCUCCAGCGGCUUGAUGCUGCAGCAAUGAUGUUUAUUGGACGCACCGGACUCUUCCUGAAUACAGUCUCGAACCGCCUAGCAGCGUCUUCGCCCAGAGCGCGCUUUCUCGGCAUGCUGAUUGGAACUACUAUCUCUCAGCUCAUCGAGCAGCAAGGUAAAGGGAUGAGGUUUGAUCUUGAAGAGAUGGAAAGUGAUGAGGCACAUUGGUACUUGGACCUUGCUAAACUACACGAUUCCGUUGGGUCUAUUGAAUCCAUUGAAUCGCUGAGAGGGCCUCCGGCGACAACUGAAAAGGAUACCAAAAACCGAACCUCUAGGACCAAUAUGCCAAAGAAAGACACCAGAAGAGCAAAGAUCGUUGCCAUAGAAGAGGCCAAUGACUCGGAUCAAGAGGAUGAAGAAGAUGAAGAUCUCAUCCCAUAUGAAAAGCCUGAUGAAGAUCCAUCAGAUUCUGAUGAUGACCCAACCUUGGUCCAACGCAACAAACCUACCGCACCAGUGUACAUCCGCGACCUCAUAACCUACCUACGCGACACGGAAAACGUAGAGCGCUACGAGCUGGCUGUUUCCACCGCCCCUUCCUUAAUCCGACGCAAGACCGGCUUUGGAACGGAGCUUGCUGAGAAUACAGAAGAACUGGCACUCGUUGUUGUGGGCUUACAGGAGCAUGGGAAGAUCCCCAGAUUCCAGGAAAUCCAACUUCAAAGUAUGAUCGCACUGAUCGUAUCUCAACCUCUCAAGAUGGGCCACUGGUUCUCGGCCAUUUUCUUCGAUGGGGACCUAUCUCAACCACAGCGCUCUACGAUCCUCACAGCUCUAGGCUUGAGUGCUCGCGAACUCGGCGGAAAUGGCGAAGCAGACGCUAAAGCACUAGGUCUUCCACGCGUAUCCGACGCUUCGUUCCCGUCCAAAAAGCUCCCUGGUAACCUCGAGGCUCUGUAUCAGCCUGAGACCGAAUCGCCAAUCGCAAGCCUAACCAAGCAAUUAUCACGCGCCUCACUCGAACCACUAGCUGCCGAUGCCUCAGAUUCCCUGUCUGGGCCCAAUGCACUCAAGGUCCGCACAUUCUCCUCACGAAUGGAAGUCGAAAAGAAACGUCAGCAACGCGAAGCACAGCGACAAAAGUCCACCGCAAAGGAUCUAUACAGAGUCCUUGCAGAUGGGUUCUUCUACCCUCUGAAGGGUCGUUUCGAAAUGAUGAUCAUGCAAUUUUCAUCUUCCACCGCUCCCUCCUACAACCCCUUCUAUGCCCCCCAUCUCCUUAGUCUCUUCAUCCAAACACUCACACUCAUCUUCUCAACGAUGGGCCCUCACACGCCCCAUCUCGCAGCCGUCACACACGAAACAUUGACAUUUCUGCUCUCGCUCCACGCUCGCACCAUAUCAGACGAUCCCGGCAUCUUGUCCUCGCUUCUAUCUCUCUUCCUCGCAGCUGUAGAUUUGAACGUCGCCUCCGGGACCUCCGGGGAAGAGCGCCUGGUCACUGAAUUCGCCACGCAAGUCAUGGAGCUGCAAGAAUGGGUAGGAGAGAUAUUUGAUCGGACACUACCGGUCCAAGAUACAAGCGAUCCGCGAGAACAGGUGCGGACAUUAGCUGCAGGUGUCAUGGUUAAACUGGGAGAGGUGAUAGAGCGAUACCAGGGACGGCUGAUGGGUGUGAAUUCCGGAUUCAGGUACUAGUUGUUAAUCAAACAAUCCCAAUAAAGUCUAUAACAACCUCAACACGAUAUACCCAACCUCAUUCCAAAAUGCACCAACCGUCAUGUAUGAUCCUCUAGAAUAUUUUGAAGGAGGACAUUGACGGUCCUCUUCUCGUUUUGCUUUGCUUAUAGAGGUGUCAAACGUGGUGGCUUUAGUCAUAUUGGUCCGGUCCUAUUAGAUAUGCGAAGUCUCUCUACUUUAGGGUCAUGUGUUCUGGAUGGAUUUGCAAGUGACAUGGGAAGCUGCAAGAUCAUGUCUAUCAUGCUAAAGCCUCUCUUAAAGUUUAAUGGAGAUUUACGCAGAACUACAAUCUUGAGAGUCAGUGUGAGAAGGCCUCCAGGAUACGGAAGAGCUCUCAAAGCACGAGAUGGCCGACGAAUGUGCCUCACAGUACGCAGC